CACCAACCCCAACAUCAAUGAGCAUAGCCUGCGCAACCAACGUCGUCUGAAGAGGCGCGCUCUUCGUUCUUUUCUCUUUCCUACAUUUCACUCACGACCUACUUGCACUUUGAGCGUUAUUCCUAUGAUCUUUUAGUUUCCCACCAUGCUACCUUCAUUCAAGCUCCUCCUUUCUCUCCUGCUUGCGACAUGUGUCUGGGGAGAGCAUACCUCGAAUUGGGCCGUGCUGGUCUCGACGUCGCGGUUUUGGUUCAAUUACAGGCAUCUGGCAAAUGUUCUCUCGCUUUACAGGACUGUUAAGCGCCUAGGAAUACCAGACUCCCAGAUUAUCCUCAUGUUGCCCGAUGACAUGGCCUGCAACCCCCGAAACGCUUUCCCUGGAACUGUUUACAACAACGCGGACCGGGCUUUGGAUCUUUAUGGAGACAACAUCGAGGUGGACUACAGAGGAUAUGAAGUCACGGUCGAGAACUUCAUUCGCCUCAUGACGGAUCGCGUCAGCGAAGACAUGCCUCGCAGCAAGCGCCUGCUCACCGACGACCGAAGCAACAUUUUGGUUUAUAUGACUGGACAUGGAGGCAACGAGUUUCUCAAGUUUCAGGAUGCGGAAGAAAUAUCCGCAUUCGAUCUGGCAGACGCAUUUGAACAGAUGUGGGAGAAGAAAAGAUACCAUGAGAUUCUCUUCAUGAUUGAUACAUGCCAAGCGAACACCAUGUACUCCAAAUUCUAUUCCCCGAAUAUCCUUGCGACAGGUUCUUCCGAGAUAGACCAGUCCUCCUACUCUCAUCAUGCCGACAAUGACGUUGGAGUCGCCGUCAUCGACCGUUACACAUACUACAACUUGGAGUUCCUCGAAACCAAGGUUAAAGAGCCAACGAGCAAGCUCACCAUGGGUGAGCUCUUCGACAGCUACGAUGAUGACCUCAUCCACUCGCACCCAGGAAUCCGCUACGACCUUUUCCCUGGUGGAGAGUCGGUCGCCCGGGAACGGAAAAUUAUGGACUUCUUCGGCAAUGUGCAAAAUGUUGAGGUAGACAGCGAAGCUGCCCGAAACGAGACUCAAUGGCGAGAGGAUCUGGCCGCUAUUGAGCGAAUGAUUAUUGAAGCAAACCGAAGACACAAUGAGAGCCUGAACCUAAGCCCUCACAAACACCAUGUUGUCGAGGAAGCAAAGAGCGCUGAUACCCAACGCUCUCUCAGAAAGGAGGGUGCAGUCAAAGUGGACGAGGAAGCCGGUUGGUCCAAACAGCUUGUUGGGGCAGCUGCAUUACUUGGUUGCGCAAGUAUAUGGGUGGCAGGAUCAUGGAUCGAAGCACUGUGAGGUAUGAGGUAUAAUGAAAGUCAACAUUGCAUAUUGCCAUAUUCUCGAGAAACAAGUGACGUCUUGCCCCAGAAUAUCUAGAAGCCCACCCUCCUAGUCUCGAACAACAACGAGAAUUGGAAAUGGAGAAGGCAUCUGUAAGGGUAGUCUUGCAAAUGACCAAGUAGUCGUGCAAGUUCGAGAGAUGAUCUUAGCGCGACUUCGCGAUGAUGAAGCUCGACGAAGACGCAAAAUCUCGAAAAGAAGAUUGCAAAAGAGGAUACCCAGGAAUGUAUUCACGAUUGCAUACAAAUGUACUCCAAUUGCAUACGAUAAUCGAUUCAGAACGCCUUGGAGUUGUAUUCUCUGGGAACUUUGUAUAUAAAUUACGCUACCUCGGCAUCGCGGGGUCACGGAACCCCACACGUGCUUGGUGAGGUAGCGUUGAGAUAGCAUCAGAUGGAAUGUUACUACAUUGAUCAUCUCCACGAACCAAUGCUUAAAUUAUUC